AAUCCAGUCCGGGAAGUCCUAGCUCCCGCGUGCUGCUGACUGCUAAAGUAGGCUAGUACUAAACUCUACCAGCUAACCGCUAGCUUCUGCUAAUGUCUCUGUUAACCCUUAGCUGCUUCUACUAUCCCCGUUAACCUUCAUGUUGUUAUUGGUCCUUACGUAGCGUUUUAUUCAGCAGCGCGCAGGCGGAUUAUAACGGGAGACGUAUUCGGGGAUAUCAGGUGGAUCUGCUCCGCCGACUGGCACCUAGUCUGAGCGAAGCUAACCGUUAGCCUUUCAGCCAAAAUGGCGGAUAACGAGGAUGACAGCAGUUCGACCAGAACAAUAACAACAGCGGAGCCGCCGGGGUCCGGAACUCAGCCCGGGGACAGUGUACCGGCAGGGUCCGGAGCUCAGCUGACCGACUUGUUGCAGAACUGCCCAGAACAACCGAACCUCCUGGUGGGCCCAGAUUUCAGCAAUUUGGGUUCAGACCUGGUUAACACCACCACCAUCAUCUACGUGCAGCCGGACGGGAGCCUGCUGGAGGGUUCUGGGCUGUCCGAAGAGGAGCAGCAGGUUCUGCUGGAGCAGCUGACCAAGCAGCAGAUCGUCCAGGUCUCCGACACAGAGGCUGCCCAGUUGCUCCAGCAGAGCCAGCUGGUGAAAAACAUCCCGGUCCAGAACACGGCCCUGGACCCGAGCCAGCUACAGCAGGUCAUCAACCAGGUCACCAAGUCUCAGCAGCAGGUCCAGGUCCCCCAGCAUGCUCCGAACCAGCAGAAGCAGGUCCAGGACCCUCAGCAGGACUUAAAGCCCACCCCGCAGAACAAUGCUUCCCAGCAACUAAAGAGUGUCGCCCAGCAGGUCGCCAUGCAGACUGGAAGCUCCGUGCAGCUGGUCCAGAAGAAGUCGGAGCCUGUCCGGAUUCAGAUCCAGGUUCCCCCCAGAAAGGAAGUUAAGUCUGUCUCGGGUGUAGCUGUCAAUCAUCCACAGGUGAAGCUUUCGGCCAAUGGUAGCAUGAGCAGCGCUCAGGUCAUCCACAUCCAGCCUGUGGUUGGUCAGCCGGGUCAGCAGUUCUUCCUGCAGCAGAACCCCGGGGACCCCCCCAUCCAGCUGCUGCUGCAGAGCCCUGGUCCCUCUGUGGGAUCUCUGCUCCCAUUGGUUCACAAGCUCACAGGCCAGACAACAUCGGUAUGCACUAAUCCGAGUCAGAAAGCCACAAUGUCCCCUAUCAGAGUUCAGACCACCUCCAUUGCCAAGAGCCCGGCUUCCUCUGCCCCGCUAACCAAAAGUCCAGCUAACGGUACGGUGGCAGUGGCUAGUAAGAGUUCAGGUAAACUACCCACCCUCAUGGCGACAGCAGAGACCCCCACACCUGCUGUUACACAACCCACCACAGUGGCCCCGCUCCCAGCAGUAAAGGACAGGGAGAAAGAGAAGAAGUCAAAGAAGAGAGAGAAGCGAGCGGUAAAGGUCCAGACCAGAUCUGGUCGAGUCUCCAGACCACCAAAGUACAAAGCCAAAGACUAUAAGUUCAUAAAGACGGAAGACCUGGCAGACGGCCAUCAGUCCGACUCCGACGAUUACUCUGAUAUGAGUGUGGAGGAUGAGGAUGGGGGCAGGAAGGAUGGCCCAGCCCCUGGCGUCUCUCUCACCUACAGCCACAAGUCCCGGUCCCACCGCUGCCAGACCUGUGACAAGGCCUACAUUGGUCCGGGAGGCCUGAACCGGCAUUACAAACUGAACCCCACCCACGGAGAGCCCGAUCUGCCCGACAACGCACCACACCCCCUCAGAGAUGACAGCCAAUCACAGGAAUUGGAAACCAGAGGUGUCAGAGAGGAGGGGGAGGACCGGGAGGAGGAGAGGACAACAGAGGACAAACCUGUUGACUCAGCAUCAAACAGAGUGGAGGUGGGUCCAGUACCUGCUGUAGGACUCAGGGGCCUCAAUCCCCGGGGCCCUGGCAGGCCUCGAGGAAGAGGCCGAGGACGAGGACGAGGGCGGGGCAGAUCACUGGGGCCGCUUCCUAAGGUGCAGGUGGGCCUUGUCAGUAGGCGGGGCCGUCGUGGUCGACCUCCAAAGCUGGCUGUCUCCAUGGUUACCGCAGAGCAACUGGCGGAGAGGCGACGAGACAGGCUGCAGGAGCUAGUGCAGCAGUGUGAGGACGAAGAGUUGAUGGACGUUGUUCUCCCGCGUUUGACCAAAGUGUUGAGUCUGUGGGAGGUGCUUUUGGCAAAGGUGGAGGGCGGCGAUCCGGCUCGGACUCGGUUUCCAGAGAUCUACCGUGAGUUUGAGUCCCUGCAGGCGCAGGUGAGACAGGCUGCUCAGGAUUACAUCAUCAGCCCGCAGGGUGGGGUUACACCCCUGGAGGUCAGGAACAUUGAGGUUGCCAGGUCUCUGGGAAUCCUGGACGAGGUGAACAGGAUGAAGGUGCUUCCUGGAGCGUCUCCCAGCUCCAGUUUGACCAAUAAGAAUGUCCGAUACAUGGAGAACUCCAAGAUGUUGCCGCCUUCAAAGAGAUUCAAGAUGGAGAACAGCGUAUGCCAGAAUGGCAUAGAGAAGCACAGAACAGUGACCCCUGCGACCUCUGUGCCCUCCUCUCUGAAGCCCUGCUCGGUCUCUGUCUCUCCUCUGGUAAUUCCAGCUGGAUCCAAACUGCCGACCACCAGUGCCGACCCUGCCUCUAGCUCCUCUGGUUCCAUCUCUGCUAAGCUGCCCUCCACCCAGGCUCUGCCCCCUCUCAUGCCCAUGGAGGUGACUCCAAGGGACGACCUGGGAAUUAAGCCUCUGCAGACUAACAUCCAGCUGAAGACCUCGAAGACUAACCAGGACCAGGUCUUGAGCACCAGUGAUAUCACAGCCCAAAUGAAAGAGCUGGAGAAAGCUUUGGGUUCAAGUCCUGAGACGAACAUAGAACCAAAGAAACCUGAUUUCAGCUCCACUCAGACACCCGAGUCAAGCUCCGUCCAGACUGUGGCUUCCACCCAGUCAGAGGCCGGCUCAGCAGACCCAUGUGAGUCCAAAGAACUGCAGGAGGGGCAGGAGAUCUACAUCCAGACCGAGGGCCUGACGGUUCAGCUGGCAGAGCCCGGUGUGGACCGGAUUGUGAUUGUCAACGGGCCAGACGGGACCACAAUGCACAUACAGACACCAGAGGGGGUCCCAUUGGAGGCGGUCCAGGCCCUGCUGGGCAUUGAGGCUUCAAGCAAAGCCAAAGCUCCUCAGUGAACCCCGACUCAUCAAGACCAGAAUCUGACCUGAACCACAUCACAAUGGCAGAGAAAUACUUAGUAUUUAUAAGGUUUACAAAGUAAAAGCUUGACAUAAUUGAGGAUGAAAUGAUGAACCCAGAAACCUGCAGGAGAACUAACACACCACAGACAACAAUUUGAAGAUCUGCCAACAAAGACUUCAGAUCAUCAGAUCUGGUGUUUAUUUUGUCUUGGCCAUAACUCAUAUGUAAAGAUAUUAUACAGAAACCCUGACAAAAAUAUACAGCCUGUAAAUAUGAGCGCCAAUAUUUAAAUGGAGAGAUGAGUGUGCGUGUGCUGCUCUACUCGUAUUCAUUGUUUACGUUCCUUUAACUGGUUCUUUCAAUUCCCAGCUGUGAUGAUGUCGUCGCUCUGGGGAAAAAACCCUGUUUUUCAGAAGGAAUCUAAAGCGAUUGUAGAUUUGUAAACUAGUUCUCCCCUCAACCGCCAGUGUUUCAGAAAUUAAACUUGUUCAUUUCAAAAUAGAAACUGAUCAGUUGGCUGUUUAUAUGUAGGAUAUUAAAAAAAAGUUAAAAAAAAUUGCACUAUUUUAUUACUUUUUAUAAAAUAAACAUUUUCCAAAUGUAAACUGGAGGUUUGUACUUAGAAAAAGGACUGUGAAUGAAGGAAAGUGAAUCGGUUGGUCAUGUUAAACACAUUUCAUGCUCCUCCAAUAAACGGAUGUGACUCUCA